UAAACUUAAACGGAAACAAAUUGUAUCUUUAAGUCUUUGCUGUGUGACUUUAUCCUGUUGUCUCCCGAUACACCAUUUGCUGAUACUUUUACCCUUGAAGACUGAACAAAAAUAAUGACCGAGAGAGUCAACAACUUCCCACCUUUACCUCAAUUUUUCCGCAUAAAACCUUGCUUCUAUCAGGAUGUGGAAGAGGAGAUUCCACCAACACAUCGUCAGUUAGUGCGCAGAGUGUACAACCUGUGGAUAUUAUACUCCAUCACGCUUUGUGUGAAUGUGGUGUCCUGCAUUGCGUGGUGGGCAGGAGGAGGCGGCGCGGUCAACUUUGGAUUCGCGCUACUAUGGCUCAUCCUCUUCAGUCCCUGCAGCUACACAUGCUGGUUUAGGCCACUCUACAAGGCCUUCCGGGCCGACAGCUCCUUCAACUUUAUGAUGUUCUUCUUCAUCUUCUUCCUUCAGUGUGUCCUUGCCCUCAUUCAGAGCAUUGGAAUUGUAGGCUGGGGAGCCUGUGGUUGGAUAGCCACAGUGUUGUUCUUCAGCACUAAUGUGGGCUCUGCUGUGAUCAUGCUGUUCUCAGCAAUUCUCUUCACUGUCGUUACUGUUCUCAUGGGACUGGUGCUGAUCCGGGUCCACCGGCUGUACCGUGGGGGAGGGGGCAGCAUGGCUCGUGCCCAGGAGGAGUGGAGCUCCGGGGCCUGGAAGUCUGCGCCAGUCAGGGAAGCGGGCUUUAAUGCCGUCGCCGAGUCAGGUGCAAGCUUUCCUCAGUAUCCCACUUCUGUGCCAAGCUACCCAGACAACAGACCAUGGUGAUAAUCUGAAAUGGACAGUAGAUGGCGCUCUUGCCAAUGCACCAUCUCACACACUCCUCCCUUGCAUGAGCGACAUGGGGAGUCGAGUCUUGCUUAUAUCAUCUUGUUUACAUAGAAAGCCGUAUUGGAUUGACUGGAUAGGAUCUAUCUUUGAUGGAAAAACUGAAAUGUUGAUGAUUUAUAAAACAAAACACUAGCCAGACAGCACAGUUUAAGGUGACCUGUACAGAUAUAUUAAGUUUCAUGUUGAUAUUUAUAUUACUUUGAUAAAGCAAAUGAAGUAAUAGGUCUAUGGAUUUCAUACAAUAGUCAUUUACCCAUCUGUAAUGGCAGCCUUUUGUUUUUAUCGUUUGUAGAAUAAGUCUGGUUAAAUACCUUAUGAUACGGUUAAAUACCCUAAAUAUUUUUGAUCACCUUCAGCAAUCCAUAUAUUGGAUGAAAUGAAACAGAUGCACGUCUUAAGAGAGACAAUGAAUAGACUGGUUUUAAUGUUAGGGCAAUUAUCUCUUGCCCGCGUACCAGUUCAGAGGAUUUCCAAAAUAUGAUGUGAGGGGGUUAUUUUGUGUUUAAACUGAUGUUAUGAUAAAAGCACCUUCAGCACUAGGUCAUCUGACAGCUGCUGGAGAGUGACUUGUCUGUGCAUUGACAAAUUGACACGGAAUUGACCAAGCUUGGCCUUAUUUCUGUUUGCUGUACUGCAGAGCUAGAAAAUGAUUUGCUUCACUGCUGCCUCUUUAGCUACAAGCUAUGUGCCUGACCACGCUUAGAUGCCUAUUCCAAAAUGUAACUACAUUUUGCAAUGUUUAUUUUGUCUGUCAUAGUUUUAUGAUUGGAAUGGCAGUUUUAUGAACUGUUCUUACAUACUUGUGUGUGUGUGUGUGUGUGUGUGUGUGUGUGUGAGAGAGAGAGAGAGACAGACAGAGUGUGUGUGCGAGUGUUAUCCAUUUCAUAGCGUUGUGUUUACAGUGUGGCUCAGCAUCAGCCACAUAUUUUCACAAUGAUGUUUUUAUUUGCAUUUAUUUUUUGUUGUUUUCUGCUCAAUUUAAAUUUACCAUGGCAGUUUAAUACUCUUUCCACUUGUCUGUUAAAAUGCAAUGGUAAUCAGCAUUUGAUGUGAUGAGAUUGCAUUUUUUCCUGCAAUGACUUGACUAAUAAUUGACAUUUCAAUAAACAUUCCUUUUCAAAUCAAA